AGCGGCGGAGUGAUACCCGGGGAGAGCAAGUGGGCCAUUCCGGCGGUCUCUCCUGGUCAGUGUUGAGGCCGGUCGCAGACAUGGGACUCGCAGACUAUCCUGUUGAAUACAACCCCAAGGUCCACGGGCCCUACGACCCGGCCAGGUUUUAUGGCAAACCGGAUACACCCUUUGGCCAGGUGAAGCUUGGUGAGGUUGGUGGUUGGUUGGCUCGUCGCCGCAUUGGUGGAAUACCUAGUGCAGUCUCGCGUGCCUUUUGGAGAUGGCAGCACAAGUAUAUGCUGCCUAAGAAAACUGGAUUUGCUCCCUUUGGCCAAUUGAUGGUGGGCUGCAUGAUAUUCUUCUAUGCUAUCAACUAUGGAAAGAUGAUUCAACACAGAAACCACAAAUACCAUUGGUGAGCAUUGCUUCUGCGGGCAAGUGAUUGGCUGUCUUUGGUAUGGACAAGGAUGUCAUCAGUAGCAUUUUACUGCCGCCAAUACAAGGAUUAUUAUUUAGGCGGUAAUUCCUUUACUAAAAAUCAUGUCAACACUGAAGUCACUAAAGAUAGUUUUGAAGUAUUUCCAGCAAUGUUGUCAUAAGGCAAACAUGAAAUUGUUACUUUUAUUUGUUCAAAAUAUAGAAGGAAAUGAAGAAUUGUAUAAAAAUGUGUCAUAUGGCCAUUUGUGUAUAAAAUAUUGAAAUUCUA